AUGACGUCAUCGACGAUGAUCGCUCUGACUCUCUGCGUCCUCUUCUCUCUAGCCGGUGCGUGUCACAGUGAGUUUUCACCAGCCAGAUGCAGAUCACACUACACACACAAUUUGAUCACAUUUUCGUUUUUCUUUUCAAAUUCCCUUUUUGUUCGAUUUCACUGAGCUUCUCAAGCGUGUACAAGCCAUUCAUCACUGUUAAAAAUGCCUGACCUGUCUGCACUCUCUUUUCUCUAACUUUAGCAGUUCUAGAGAAUGACAGAGAGAGCGAGAGGGUGCAGACAAGCUAGACUGUUGCAAAAUGAAGCCAUUAAACGUGUGAUUGUGUGUGAUGCGAACUAACUGGCUGGUGAAAGCAUAUUUUAAUCCAACUUUUCGGUUUCCUCAAUUUUUUUGUAGCCUUAAAAACCCAGCAAAAUUUAAGAUCUACCGUACGCCCAAUUUGUUGGCGCUAGGGCGUACAUGCUACAACAACGGAUGGAGUGCAAAGGCUCAAAAGUUUACGAUAUCGCCAAUGUUCAGGUUUUUUUUUGAAAUUAUUACUUUUUCAAUAGCACUGCUACCAUUAGGAAAAAGAAGGAAUGAAAAUAAAUUUGAAAUGAUUUAAAAACGUGGGAUGGAUACGUUUCAGUAAUGCUUUAUAAUCUGUCCUUUUUUGAUAAGGUGUUGGUUUGUGACAAAACUUGUCUUCAAAAAGAAAAAAAAACUGUAUAUUGAAAUAUACGGGUCGCAUGUUGAAUGGCUCAACGCGACGCGGUCCCGCUUGUCCUACUGCUUCAAGCUCUUUUAUAAUUAGGGGGCGCAAAGCCCCGCCCCUUCACGCCACCAAAAUGACGAUUUUUUGUUGCAAAAACGGUUUUGAGGCGUUUAUACUAGCUAAAGUCCCACUUUAAAAAUGAACUGCUUCUGUUAAUCUAUGUAAUCGACAACGCUCUACAGGGCUGAAAAACUUUUAAACUAUGUAUUUUUCAAAAAUAAGCGAAAAAGUAAGAUUUAACACGAAAAAAACUGACAAGUUUCACAAAAUCGUCGCGUUUCUGAAAAGCAAGUGAGGAACGCUUCCGAAUUUUGAGUAUGUUAUAUAUUAACACUUUCUUUAUUUUUUUUGAAUAAAAAAAUUAAAAAUCUAACGACGCGAAAAAUCGAAGCUUGUAAAGUGACACCAAACUUUGAAGCUGAAAUGCGAAAAAAAUUUCAGCGACAUGGUAUACUUUUUAUUUGAUUUAAAAAAACUCACAAUGUGCUCACAAACAAAAAAAUUCAAAAAAAGAAAACAAUUAUUGGGACAGCGAAUCAAAUUAUAUUUGAGUUUUACCAAAACCUCCUUUUUUUUCGCCUGCCUCGUUGACGCAUGAGAGAAUAGGAUCGCGUCUAUACUUUUUGCUUAUGUUAUUAAGCGUUCAAAACUCUAUCAAUGAAAAAAUUAUGAAAAAAAUCAAACGACGCGAAAAAAAUAACGGCUUUGAAAACCUCGAAAAAAUAGCAAUUUUUUUUGAAAUUUCGGAAGAUUUCGUGCAAGUGUCCGUAGCAGUGUUUGCGUCAAACACACCGAUGCGCACUUUUAAAUGUCGCAGGAGCCGUUUUUUUCGGAGUCAAAUUGCACUUUUUUUCCUGUUUUAUUUCGAAAUAACAUUAUUUUUUUUCAUUUUUUUCUUUUUUUCCAAACCAAAUGAUAAUAAUUUUUUUCUGAUUAGAAAAAAGAAAAAAAUAAGCUGAAAAUUCCUUCUGACCUUUUUUUCUAAGUAGUUUUUUUGAUAUUUUAUUAAAAAAAUCCUUAUGAGGAUUGUACAAAAGAUUCAUACCAAAACAUGAAGCUUAGUUCGGACAACCUCUCAAAACAGAAAACCGAUUCGAAAACGGUUCAGAAAUGCGUAAAAACAUUUAAAAAGAAAGCGUGCGGCAGCGGGUAAACCGUGAGAUUUUGCCUCCAGUUGUACGCCGCGCGCGCUAGUUUUUUGGCCAUAACUUUUUUCUUAGUGGAGCUUUUUUCUAAAACUGAACGGAUUAUGAAAAUGGACAGUCUCCUCUAUCGAACAGUGUAAAAAGCAUAUUUUUGGAUCGUUUUGAAGAAAUGGCUUGCGGACCCUAUUUAUAAUAACCCGCGAAAGUCGUUUCUGGUCGGGUGCGCUUUAAAGAAGACCGUUUUGAUACCGUGACACAUUAAGCCAUUCCACGUGCGGCCAAAAUGGAAAAAAAAAUUUCCGAAUAAAAAAAGUUUUUUUUGAGGCAGUGAUUCUAUUAAGCUUUUCAAUGUGAUCUAUCAUUUUUUUUUUUGAAUAUCUUCGAGUAUUUUUGGCAUGCUAUAAAGUACGGGCUUUUACAAAAUGCGACCGCUUUUUUUGUGCUUCACUGCAAAUUAAUAAAAUACGGGCGUUUCUCAAUUUUAUCUCUUUCACUUUUUCCGGCACUUUUUCUCAAAUUUUUUUUUUCUUUCUAUCGUUUCUUUUGAAAAAAAAAUAUUCAAAAAACGAAAUUAAUGAACUCAUUGGGAGAAAUUUUUCUUCAAUUGCUCACACAACUUAGGCUUCUCAUUAGGAGCUUUUAAGAACGAUUUCAUACAGUUUAUGAAUCUGUACUAAACCUGAAAAAAAUGAAAAAAAUUGACUACGUGAAAAAAAUAAAUCUUAAAAAAACUCUUUAAUAAAAAUAUUAUACUAUCAAAAAUCCAAAAAAGACAUCAUCUAUACGGAUCAGAAAGCUAUCGAAAAAAAUUAGAAUUUCGUUUAAUUUUUAAAAAAAUAAUGAAUAUUCCAAAAAAACACGCGUAUUUUAUAAAUUUCCAGUGGAGCACAAAAAAGGCGGUCGCACUUUAAAAACGCCCGUACUUUAUAACAUGCCAGUUUUUUUCGUCAAUCCAAAAAGCAUUGUUAUCUCGAUUUAAUGAAGAAAUUUUAAAGCUUUUUAUGAAACAGGGAUGUCGGGAAAAAUUCAAUUUUUUUCAGGACAUUGAGCAGUGCAAGGAAGCGUGUCGGCAGUUCGACUGCGACGCCGUCAAUCUUUUCCAGGUUUUUUUUAAAAUUUCGCAACCGACCUGAUACGAGUUGCGCUCGUUUCGGAAAGCGAUAGGAAUAGGUAGAGAAUUUUUUAAACAACUUCUUUUGGUGAUUAGAAACCAGAAUCGCUCCAAAACACUUUCACGCGACUGGUAGCGGUUUUCGCGUUUUCACACUCUCCAGUAUAGAACUAGAAUAUAGGACCAUCCGCGCUAGCUUGUCACGUUUUUCUUUCCGCCAAAAGGUCAGGUCAAAUUUAACCAACUUUCGCUUCAAGACCUUUGUUUCUUGCCGUUAGAAACGCAGAAAUUUGAUCUAAUUUGGUAUGCGGUCUUUUUGGCGGGAAGAAAAACGUGAUAAGCUGGCGCGGAAUAGGCCAUAUCUGUUCAUCAAUAAAAACCUACGCUUUUUUUUGAUUUUGUAUUUUUUUUUUUUUGAAAGAGUAAUGAUGACCAAGUUUUAUGAACUCUCAAUAAUUUAUCGAAAUGUCUAGUUUCUGGUGAUAAAUGCAAAAAUUGAGGUCGGCGAGUUCUCUUUCCGAUGUGAAGUCCUGGAGACGGUCUACUCGAUGAACCCCGCCCAAGGAGCCGCUUGUUACUACGCCCAGGACGCCAUGAAUGGUGAUUUAUCCGACUUGAGUUGAAAUUAUAGCUGAUUCACGGCCAGCUUGGGACGCUAAGGGGGUGUGUCCUCUCUGCGCUCUCCACGAGCCAGGCACUAUCUCGUGCAUUAUCGUGUCAGGACCCUUUUUUCGAUGGUUCCGUGAAUCAGCUGUACUUGAGCUGAUACCACUUUUUGAACUUCUUGGGAUAAAAAUAUGCAUCCCCAAUAUCUUAUCCUGAUCGGGAUACCCGGAAAUACUAACUAGGGAUCGUUCCCCCCUGUUGAAAUUGAAAAAAAUUUGAUGAGACUUCGCUGAAGUAUACUUUAGGACCUCCUGAUUCCAGAAUAAGAAGAAAAAUUUAUAAAACGUUCAAAAAUUUUUUUCAAAUACUGUGGAUUCUAUUCGUUAUCAAGAGGAAUGCUUUGAAAGCAGAAAAAAAUCAAACUUCAGAACACUUUUUUUAUUGAAAAAAAUUCUUCAAAGACCGGAAAUUUAGACUUUUUUUAGAGUCUGAUAAAUUAUAACAAAUAAUUUUCGAAUAAGCUCGAAAGUCGCAUGAUGGGCCCUGAAGGGCUUUUUUUCUUAAAGAAAUAAUUAAAAAUCCAGCUUCUAAGCUUCAAAGAAACGAAAAAAAUCGAAUGGAAACAUUCUUUUUUUUUGAGCCUGCAUAUUUUUAAAUGAUGAACAUAGGAUGAUUUCUUUAAAAAGUAAAAAAAUAAAUUGCUAUAGAUUAAAUUUGAAUAAUCAAAUCUUAGAUUCCUGUUUCAACGAAAUAAUUCAAAAAAAUAUUUUUUUAAAUAAUCGUUUCAUUUAUAGCAUCAUCCGGAAAAAUUGUGAAAUUCGACUUUUUUUCUAAAAUAUACCUCAAAUGAGAAAAAAAUAUAUAUUGUCAAUUAGAGUGCUAUAGUUCAAAUUAUCCCCUUUUUUUGCCAAAAAAAUCAAAAAAAUUAUUAUCGGGAAAGAUAUCGAAACCGAACCGUUAUGUUUUUUUGGCGCGUAAUUUGAAAAAUUGAAUAAUUUUUAAGGUAAGUUCGAUUUUUUUAAAAAAAGUUUGAUUAUCCGUAAAUAGUAUUGAAACGGCAGCGAGCACUUAUCUGUAAUUUUUUUUGGCGCGAAAUUUAAAUUUUUCAUAAAUUGAACCAUAUAUUGUGGCCACUAAGUUUUAACCCCUUAAGUGACCACCAAUUUGACUACUAUAGUGGCCACUAAAAAUCUUCCCAGUAAGUCCGAUUUAAAAAAUCAUUUUCAGGAGGUUACGGAAACGGCCUCGGCGGCUUUGGCGGCUACAACGGCUACUUCGGAAAGAGGAGAUAA